AUGCCUAAAGACUACAAAAGCGACGUAUCGGGUAAAUACUACUUCAGGUAUCCUGGCUCCACAGCUAAUAGCGUCCGAUGGGCCUUCUGGGAGCCGGAGAAGGCACCCCUCAAGGGAACCAGAAUCCGGGAUGCGAUAGCCGGAUUAGAGAAUAUCAUACGGUUGCCUUAUGAUGUGCAGGCUAUUAUUUUCGAUAUGGUUCACGAGUUACCUAGCUGGGUACAUCUUAAAUUUAAAAAUUGGUCUCUGGAGAAGGUGGUCAUCAGCAACCACGAACUAUAUGCCAACAAAGAAUGGAACCAAGAGCCCAGACUACGACGAGAUUUGAGCCGCAGUGACCCGUCUGAUUCGUCCGGUAUUGGUGCACUUGCAAGUAAUGUCCUCCAUACCCUUGUUGCGAAUAGAGCCAACCUCGAAAACCUCCAAGAUCAAAGCGGUUGGGGCGACUCUCCAUUUUUCGUCAAAAUACAGAAUGAGGUCAAGACACCUCAAGUCAAGAGGCGAAUAGAUUGGUUCCUCAUCGAAGGUGGUAUGGAAUUCUACCGAGAUGACAGUAUAUACCGAAAUUUGAUUGAUAUCCGAACCAUCGCCUUCACACUCGACGAAGCUUACGAAUUUACACAACAAUUAAUACAUACCCCCAUUCCAGUUUUCGUACUCGACAGUGCUUCGCAAGUCGAAGAAGUCGUAAUCAUUGUCGGCGACCUCCAGAGCGAUAUUCCACCGUCUAAGAUGCAAGAGAUUGAUUCCUAUCAAGUCGAUAAGAUAGGCAAUUUCAAUCAUCCCAACUUGCCGCAUAAUAUUUCUAACGCUGAGAACUAUAUGAUCAGGGCUAUCACGAACAAGUGGGAAGAAGAUAUAUCAGAGAGGCGCGGAUAUCUGCUUAAUUGGUUAAGGGAUGACAUAGCACAAGACACGCAAGCGUACCCCAUACACGACCAUCUCAAUCAGAUGUCAAAAUGGCUAGCCAGCCCCUGCGGAAUCAAGUGGCUCGAGAUGGACGGUUCGGCCUUCCUUAGGACACCAUCCGGAUAG